AUGGUCACCCGCAGCUUCUAUCGAGUGGAUUAUAGCAAGCUUAUUCUGGUCUGUUACCGAAGUAGUCCUGAUACAGACGCUGAUCUGAGCUUUGGUAGGCUUCCUGUACAUCUGCCAGGAGCUGGAAUAGAUUCAUCCACCUCCUUCCCAGAUGGUACAACCAGUGGAGAAGGUGAUGGACAAGAAUUCAAGAAGUUGCCUCGUUGGAACGCCAAUGUAACUGGGUUAUAUUACUGCGAAGGAUCAAAAGGAGACCAGACGACUCGGGUUUACAGCAGUGUCUACAGAAAAGACCGGGGCCGGCGUUACCCAGACAGGAUGGAGGAGGAUUUGCUGCUGACGAAGACAAUCAACAAAGGAGAAAAUGUCACUCUGUAUGUGCAAAGUUUUUACGCAUGGAGGAAAAAAUAUGCUUCUUGGCGUCGGAUCAGGGAUGGGGUCGUUACCAAUUUAUCUAACUAUGAUGGAAUGGAGACCAUAACGAUACCUUCAAGCCAGGCUAAGCAUGGAGACGUGUAUGCUGUCGUGGAUUCUCGUGAAUUCUCACUCAGUGAUAACAAGUUCGCCCUGAUUAGACUCAUCGUAAGAGGAUGUGUUGCAAGCAAGUAGGGUCCUCCUGCCUGUGACGGUGUUUGUGACAUGUGCUACAAUGGAGGAGUGUGUGAUGAUAAGACAGGAUAUUGCAUCUGCCCACCAGGAUUCAGUGGAGCAAACUGCUUCACAGGUAAACUCGUUGUAUGAUCUCUCUGCCUGUCUGUCUUUUUGUCGUUCACGGUAUCGAGCUGUCUGUCGAGCGGUGUGUCUAGGCUAUCGGGCUUUGGGGCUGGCUUUGUGAUUCGUGUUUCAAUAAAGGAGUUUGUGAAAUUGCAUCUUCCCAUCAGAAUUUAUGGAACCCAUUUGCUUCA